AUGGCAGAAAACCUGUCCCUGUGGCUUUCCACACCAGCAUAUCCAUUAGAGAAUCUCUCUGUCUCCAAGUUGAAUUCAUCUUUACUAUCAUCUCGUCUGGACUGGGAGGCACCAGCCUUCACCGUCGCUGCCCGGUGCCGUGUGGUGGCCACCCUGGUGUUGUUUGUCUUUGCUGCUGUCAGCAACCUUUCAGUCCUGAUUAGUGUUUUGUGUGGCAGGGGCCGACACUUGGCAGCCCACCUACGCCCACUCAUUGCUAGCUUGGCAUCAGCUGACCUGGUGAUGACAUUUGUGGUGAUGCCACUGGAUGCCAUCUGGAACAUUACAGUGCAGUGGUAUGCUGGGGACAUCAUGUGUAAGUUGCUGUGUUUCCUCAAGCUCUUCGCCAUGCACUCAGCAGCAUUCAUAUUAGUGGUGGUGAGUCUGGAUCGACAUCAUUCCAUCCUUCAUCCCCUGGAUUCACUAGAUGCUGGGCUCAGGAACAAACGCAUGUUGCUGGUGGCCUGGCUGCUCAGUCUGCUGCUGGCAUCUCCACAGCUGUUCAUCUUUCGUGCUAUUAAAGCUGAGGGGGUGGACUUCACUCAAUGUGUUACACAUGGAAGCUUUCAACAUCACUGGCAGGAGACAGCCUACAACAUGUUUCACUUUGUAACACUUUAUAUCUUCCCCCUGCUGGUCAUGAGUUUCUGCUACACCCGUAUCUUCGCCAAGAUCAACAAGCAGAUGCACAAGAACAAAGAUGGUGAGCAUUGCCUUAGACGCAGUGGAACAGAUAUAAUACCCAAAGCACGAAUGAAGACCCUCAAGAUGACCGUUGUAAUCGUUACCUCCUUUGUGGUCUGCUGGACACCCUAUUAUCUUCUGGGGAUCUGGUACUGGUUCCAACCAGGCAUAAUCCAGCAGACACCAGAAUACAUACAUCACAUAUUGUUUGUCUUUGGCAACCUGAACACAUGCUGUGACCCUGUCAUCUAUGGCUUCUACACUCCGUCUUUUCGUGCAGACCUUGCUGAUGUGGUGGCUUGCUGCUGUGGCCACAGAUCAAGCAAUGACUCCCCUAGAUCUCUGGAUCGUCUCUCAGGUCAAACUGCUGAGGGUAGCAGGGAUGUUGAAUCUGACCCCAUAAACCAGCAAAGUGGAAACUCAGGGUAA